AUGAUGACCUCGAAUAUUGCUGAGCGUAUUAAUGAGUGUUUGGUAGAGGCCCAAGGAUUGCCAAUAUAUGAAUUCUUAGAAGAGGUUCAAAUAUUAUUUGGCUCUUGGAACUGUAAGAAUAGUGAAAUAGCUUCGUAUACAAGUACCACUUUGGAUCGUCGAUUUGAAGAAAUUCUAACUCUCAAUGGUGCGAAAGCUUUGAGAAUGACAGCUUCUUCAACAUAUGUAUAUUCGGUUUAUGAAUCUGGGAGAAAAUACAUUGUUGAUUUAGAAAGUGGCACCUGCAACUGUGCGAGGUUUCAAAUAGAUCAAAUACCUUGUGCUCAUGCUAUAGCUGUGUUGAAGUCUAAACAUGUAAAAGAGUUGGAAGAAUACUGUUCAGAAUACUACAAGCCAAACACAUUGGUGAAGACAUAUGAAGUUUCAAUUGUUCCAAUGCAAGACAAGAAGACUGAGAUGUUCCCAGUAGUGUGA